CCGGCCCCCUCCCCCGGCGCCGGCCAAGUGAGGCGGUGAUGCGGGCGCUGGCGGCCCCGGCUGCGCGGAGAGCGGAGACACAGGCUCAAGAUGGCAGAUUCCGACUGAGGCUGGGGGGGCCGAGCUCGCGCGCCGCGUUCCCUUCUCCGUUGCCAUGAAUCGCGGACACCCCGGCCCCGAUGGCCCCCGUGUACGAAGGUCCCCUUGUGAUUAAAUCAGCUGUGCAGAUGUUCAGCCUGUAGCAGUGGCAUUGGACUCAUGUUAUGGAGAACUUAGGGGGUAAUUGUACAGCUUUUUUAGCUGCUGCAGCACCAGGGUAUCCUCCAUCCUGCCCCCAUGCUGUGGGCACCUGGAUGUCGGGGCUGAAGACCACAUGGAGGUAUACCUGAGAACAUCAUCUUCCUUCCACAGUGCCACUGCCACGAUGAGUGACGUAUUUUCCAAGAGUGAUCCGGCAAUUUUAAGUCAUAUAUAAAAAUGUCCCGGGACGUCCCUGGUGGCCCAGUGGUUAAGGAUCCACCUGCCAAUGCAGGGGACACCAGUUUGAUCCCUGGUCCGGGAAGAUCCCACAUGCCCCGGAGCAACUAAGCCCGUGCGCCACAACUACUGAGCCCACACGUUGCAACUACUGAAGGCUGCAUGCCUAGAGCCCAUGCUCCACAACAAGAGAAGCCACUCCAAUGAGAAGCCUGCGCACUGCAGUGAAGAGUAGCCCCCUCUCACCACAACUAGAGAAAGCGUGCGCACAGCAACGAAGACCCAGCGCAGCCAAAAAAAUUUUUUUAAGAAGUUCCAAGGAAAAUCAUGGGUUUAUUUUAAGGAGAAGGGAGUUUUAUGGGGAACCCUUGAAGCUACCAAGAGGACCUGGAAAUUAUUCUCUGUUCUGAGAACUGUACUCAGCAUCCCCGAGACAUGUCCUGUACUUGCUGCCCCUUUGCCUUUGCAGCCAUCAUCCUCUCUCUCCAUCCCCCCAACCUGACAUGUAUAACCGUCCCUUUUCUGCCAGUUCAAAUCCAGGUCAUCCCUCAAGGCCCAGCAGGGUUUCCUGCCCCUCCCAGAAGCCUCUCGGGGCCUCUAUAGUUGGGGCCCCUUCUCCCUGCACACCGGGGGAAGGGAGCCUCCAGAGAAGUGAAGGCGUUGGCAGUCUGGCCUGGACUGUCCUCUAGAGAGCCAGCGCCACCAAUUUGUGAAACUGCCGAACCACACAUCUGCCUUGACGACUUAGCCUUUCCUUCAAUGUGGAUUUGAAGUGUCGUGGACAGACAUUAUUGAUUCCUCCUCUUAAGUCCGUCAGGACAGUUUCAAAUCUCUUUAAUGCCCAGCAAAUUUGCUUUGGAGGCCAAAGCCAGUCCAGUUGCAUUUGGAUGAUGGUUACUUAUUUUUAAAGGGUAGGAGGUCCCUCCAGACAUGCAUGUCCAUUAUUGUGCAGCCAUCUCUGUCUCCUUUUGCUUCUCUGAUGAAUAUUUGGACCUGCCUCUACCUGGCUGCCAUCUUCUUGAUGUCACAGAAAAGCACAUUCUUCCCUCAGAAAGUAUGUCAUCUACUUGGAAGGGUAUGGCCUCACAUGUGCAAGUUUUCUCCCCUCACACCCUUCAAUCAAGUGCCUUCUGUAGCGUGAAGAAACUGAAAGUAGAGCCGAGUUCCAACUGGGACAUGACCGGGUACGGCUCCCACAGCAAAGUGUAUGGCCAGAGCAAGAACGCGCCACCAUCCCAGCCGGCCGCCACGACCGUCAGCGCCUCCCUGCCCAUGCCAAACCCCAGCCUACCGUACGAGCAGACCAUCAUCUUCCCAGGAAGCACCGGGCACAUCGUCGUGACAUCAGCAGGUAGCACCUCCGUCACCGGGCCAGUCCUCGGCGGACCGCACAACCUCAUGCGUCGCAGCACUGUGAGCCUUCUUGAUACCUACCAAAAAUGCGGACUCAAGCGGAAGAGUGAGGAGAUCGAGAACACGAGCAGCGUGCAGAUCAUCGAAGAGCAUCCACCCAUGAUUCAGAAUAAUGCGAGUGGGGCCACUGUAGCCACUGCCACCACCUCCACUGCCACUUCCAAAAACAGUGGCUCCAACAGCGAGGGGGAUUAUCAGCUGGUCCAGCAUGAGGUGCUGUGCUCCAUGACCAACACCUACGAGGUCUUAGAGUUCCUGGGCCGAGGGACGUUUGGGCAAGUGGUCAAGUGCUGGAAACGGGGCACCAAUGAGAUUGUGGCCAUCAAGAUCCUGAAGAACCACCCGUCGUACGCCCGCCAAGGUCAGAUCGAAGUGAGCAUCCUGGCCCGCCUGAGCACAGAGAGCGCCGACGACUACAACUUCGUCCGUGCCUACGAGUGCUUCCAGCACAAGAAUCACACGUGCUUGGUCUUUGAGAUGCUGGAGCAGAACCUCUAUGACUUUCUGAAGCAGAACAAGUUCAGCCCCUUGCCCCUCAAAUACAUUCGCCCGGUCCUCCAGCAGGUUGCCACAGCCCUGAUGAAACUAAAAAGCCUAGGUCUUAUCCACGCUGACCUCAAACCAGAAAACAUCAUGCUGGUGGAUCCAUCCAGACAACCGUACAGAGUCAAGGUCAUCGACUUCGGCUCAGCCAGUCACGUGUCCAAGGCCGUGUGCUCCACCUACUUGCAGUCCAGGUAUUACAGGGCCCCUGAGAUCAUCCUUGGUUUACCAUUUUGUGAGGCAAUUGAUAUGUGGUCCCUGGGCUGCGUCAUUGCAGAGCUGUUCCUGGGCUGGCCGCUGUAUCCAGGAGCUUCAGAGUACGAUCAGAUUCGGUAUAUUUCACAAACACAGGGUUUGCCAGCAGAAUAUUUAUUAAGCGCAGGGACAAAGACAACUAGGUUUUUCAACCGUGACACAGACUCGCCAUAUCCUCUGUGGAGGCUGAAGACACCAGAUGACCAUGAAGCAGAGACGGGGAUUAAGUCAAAAGAAGCAAGGAAGUACAUUUUCAACUGUUUAGAUGAUAUGGCCCAGGUGAACAUGACGACAGAUUUGGAAGGGAGUGACAUGUUGGUGGAAAAGGCGGACCGGCGGGAGUUCAUCGACCUGUUGAAGAAGAUGCUGACCAUAGACGCUGAUAAGAGAAUCACUCCGAUCGAGACCCUGAACCACCCCUUUGUCACCAUGACACACUUACUCGAUUUCCCCCACAGCACACACGUCAAAUCAUGUUUCCAGAACAUGGAGAUUUGCAAGCGUCGGGUGACCAUGUAUGACACGGUAAACCAGAGCAAAACCCCUUUCAUCACACAUGUGGCCCCCAGCACAUCCACCAACCUGACCAUGACCUUCAACAACCAGCUGAACACCGUCCACAACCAGGCUCCCACCUCCACCAGUGCCACUAUUUCCUUAGCCAAUCAUGAAGUCUCCGUACUAAACUACCAAUCUGCACUCUACCAGCCCUCAGCAGCAUCCAUGGCUGCGGUGGCCCAGCGGAGCAUGCCCCUGCAGACGGGAGCGGCCCAGAUCUGCGCCCGGCCCGACCCCUUCCAGCAAGCGCUCAUCGUGUGUCCACCCGGCUUCCAAGGAUUGCAGGCCUCUCCCUCUAAGCAUGCUGGCUACUCUGUGAGAAUGGAAAAUGCAGUUCCCAUCGUCACUCAAGCCCCAGGAGCUCAGCCUCUUCAGAUCCAACCAGGUCUGCUUGCCCAGUUGAAAACCAGGAUCACAGAAGCUUUGGGAUGGAACCUUCCUUAUCUGUUCACACAGCAGGCCUGGCCAAGUGGGACCCAGCAGAUCCUGCUUCCCCCGGCGUGGCAGCAGCUCACUGGGGUGGCCACGCACACGUCGGUGCAGCACGCGACUGUGAUUCCCGAGACCAUGGCCGGCACCCAGCAGUUGGCCGACUGGAGGAACACGCAUGCUCACGGCAGCCAUUACAAUCCCAUCAUGCAGCAGCCGGCGCUAUUGACUGGUCAUGUGACCCUUCCAGCAGCUCAACCCUUAAAUGUGGGCGUGGCCCACGUGAUGCGGCAGCAACCUACCAGCACCACCUCCUCCCGGAAGAGUAAGCAGCACCAGUCCUCUGCGAGAAAUAUCUCCACCUGUGAGGUGUCCUCCUCUCAGGCCGUCAGCUCCCCGCAGCGGUCCAAGCGCGUCAAGGAGAACACGCCUCCGCGCUGCGCCCUGGCGCCCAGCAGCCCGGCCUGCAGCUCCUCCGUCACGUGCGGCUGGGGCGACGGGGCCUCCAGCACCACCAGGGAACGGCAGCGGCAGACGAUCGUCAUUCCUGACACCCCCAGCCCCACGGUCAGCGUCAUCACCAUCAGCAGCGACACGGAUGAGGAGGAGGAACAGAAGCACGCCCCCGCCAGCCCUGUGUCCAAGCAGAGAAAAAACGUCAUCAGCUGUGUCACGGUCCACGACUCUCCCUACUCCGACUCCUCCAGCAUCACCAGCCCCUACGCCAUGCAGCACCGCCCCGGGCACAACGCCACCGCCUUCGACACCAAGGGGAGCCUGGAGUCGCACUGCACCGGGAACCCCCGGACCAUCAUCGUGCCGCCCCUGAAAACCCAGGCCAGCGAGGCGCUGGUGGAGUGUGAUAGCCUGGGGCCAGUCACCACCAGUCACCACUCGUCCUCCUACAAGUCCAAGUCCUCCAGCAACGUGACCUCCACCAGCGGUCACUCUUCAGGGAGCUCAUCUGGAGCCACUGCCUACCGGCAGCAGCGACCUCUCAAUCUCAGCCAGGCUCAGCAGCACAUCACCGCAGAUCGCACGGGGAGCCACCGACGGCAGCAGGCGUACAUCACCCCCACGAUGGCCCAGGCGCCAUACUCCUUCCCACACAACAGCCCCAGCCACGGCACCGUGCACCCGCACCUGGCCGCCGCCGCCCACCUCCCCGCCCAGCCCCACCUCUACACCUACACUGCGCCUGCCGCCCUGGGCUCCACUGGCACCGUGGCCCACCUGGUGGCCUCCCAAGGCUCGGCGCGUCACGCCGUGCAGCACACCGCCUACCCAGCCAGCAUCGUCCACCAGGUCCCCGUGAGCAUGGGCCCCCGGGUCCUGCCCUCGCCCACCAUCCACCCGAGUCAGUAUCCAGCCCAGUUCGCCCACCAGACCUACAUCAGCGCCUCUCCAGCCUCCACCGUCUACACUGGAUACCCACUGAGCCCCGCCAAGGUCAACCAGUACCCUUACAUAUAAACACUGGAAGGGGAGGGGAGGGGAGGGAGGAUGGCCAGAGGGGAGGAGGGAGAGGAGGAGGGACGCGAGGCGGGAGCUGGGCUUUUAUACUGAAGGUGCCGCACAGAAACAAUGCAAAUGGGGCAGGGGAGGGGGGCAGGGACGGGACACAAAUGAAACUUGAACUAGGAAGUAGGAGGACUGAGAGCGGAGAAGAGAACAUUUUAAAAAGGAAGGGAUUUAAGGAGGGGGGGAAAUCUAUGCUUUUUAUUUUAAAAAAGAAAAAAGAAAAAAAAAGAAAACGUCAGUAACAAAAAAACCACAGCUCACGAACCCAUUCUGCACCAGACUAGAAAGGAGAAGAAGAAGAGAGCCACGGAAGAUUCCAGAAAUUGGGGGGGUGGGGGCGCUCAGUGUUCGAAGAACUUUAUGAAUUUUUCAAAGAUUAUUUUCAUAUGGCAGCAAGCGGCAUUUAAGAACUUGCUGUCGGGGACACCUGAUAUGAUUUUUGAUCUAUUGGAUUAAAAAUCCAAUAGAUUUUUAAUGAUUGAACGUAAGAAUUAGGGAUUUUUCCAGAACUCUAAAGGGUCAGCAACCGUCUAGAAAGGUCAGGCAGUGGCUGGAGGAGGCUGGUAUCUGGGGGCGGGUCCAGGGUUGGGGAAGCCCCGAUCUGGCGCUCUUGCCGGGAGUAAUGGGGGCAGCCAGGCUGAAGGAGGACCCCUGGGAGAGGAGGGCGCGUUUUCUCUUUCUGAGCACUCUGGAUAAAUCCCUAAGCAAUGAUAUUCCUCAAAUGUCAUUAAUGAUUUUUUUUUUCUUUUCUGAAGAUUUCUUUUCUCUUUGAGUCCAUCCCUCGUCACGUAGCGUAGGGCCCGCGGCGUCGCCGACACCCUGGUAGAUGUCGCAGUCUGCACCUGUCUGUGCUACUUUUGUGUUCACCCCCAACGAUACCAAGAGACUAUUUCUCAAUGUAAUUGCACAAGAAGAGCGAUCUCACCUAGGCACGUGGCCCGCGCCGUGGUCCAGGUGCACGCGCGGGUGCCCGCGGUGCCGCGCUCCUGUCCCCGGCACCGCCGCCGGCUCUCGCAGACUUGGUUUUACAUCUUUCCCUCCUAGUGCCUUAGCGACCGGGGACGCGGUUGAGGGUUUACUUCCACGGUACUCCAAGAAGCCGGCUGAGGCGAGUCACAUCAUCUCAGCCCUUCUUCUGUGCUGUUGCAACAUUUUAUUCUGGUCUUUCCUCUUUUUUUUUUU